GAUGGCAUUAGCAGCAUCAGUGAUAUAGCUGUGUCAGCCUCCUUGACUACUGGAUGUCUGUAAUCGCACGGAGGAAACUAUAUUUAAGAUCUGAUAUCUUAAGGGUAAUGACUCCAGCACUUGCUGAUGGACAGAAUGGCUGUUAAUGCUUUCUUUACUAGCCCAGAAGAUUCUGAAAGAUAGAUGGGUCCCUGUGAUGUACUUUUCUGAGACAGGAAAUGCAAUUUUUGGGGGUCUCUGGAAAUAGGAAGGUCAUGCAGCUUGGAACCGGUGAGACAUUACAGUCUCUAAGUCAUCAGAGGAAUGAUGAAGAGGCUGUUGUGGAUAGAGGUGGAACUCGCUCCAUUCUCAAAACACAUUUUGAAAAGGAAGAUCUAGAAGGCCAUCGAACAUUGUUCAUUGGAGUUCACGUGCCACUGGGUGGAAGAAAAAGUCACCGACGCCAUAGGCACCGUGGACAUAAACACAGAAAGAGAGACAGGGAGCGAGAUUCAGGAUUAGAAGAUGGGAGAGAGUCUCCUCCUUUUGAUACCCCAUCACAAAGGGUGCAGUUUAUUCUUGGAACGGAAGAUGAUGAUGAGGAACACAUUCCUCAUGAUCUCUUUACUGAGCUUGAUGAAAUUUGCUGGCGUGAAGGAGAGGAUGCAGAGUGGAGAGAGACAGCAAG